UGGAUCCCACCACUCUGUGACAUCAGCCCUGGCGCCGAGGGCACCAAGGACACCGUGGCUGCUGUGGGCAUUGCGGCUGUGGCUGUGCUGCUGCACGGAGCCCUCAGUGCUUGCUGCUCACACGAGCCUCUGGCAGCCAUGAACUGGCUCGGUCUCCUCGUCCUGAUGACCGUGGCCGGGCUGGUGCACGGGACAUGGGACAAUUGUGGAUGGACUUGUGGACUCCGACCCAUGGUGUCUGACUCCAUACCUCAUGACUAUGGCAUGACACGCAUCGUGGGUGGCACAGGUGCCCUGCCAGGGGCCUGGCCAUGGAUGGUCAGCAUCCAGCAUCCCAGGAUACCAGGCACAAAGCAUUUCUGUGGAGGGUCUCUCAUCACUGCAGACUGGGUCCUCACAGCAGCCCACUGCUUUGACAAGAUUAAGAAAAUUGGCAUCCUGAAUGUUGUGAUUGGAGUCACCCAGUUGACUAAGCCAGGAUCUGAGGCACAAGUGCGCCGGAUUAAGAAGCUAUUUGUUCAUGAAAACUAUAGGAGAAGUGAUAUAACUAAUGACAUUGCCUUGCUGGAAUUGGAUGAGCCUGUCCAGUGCAGCCCUUAUAUCCAGCUGGCCUGUGUAGCUGAACCUGCCCUAAGAGUCUCAGAACUGCAAAACUGCUGGAUUGCUGGCUGGGGUUCAACCACAAAAGAAGGUCAAGACUCAAGUGAUAGCCUGCAGGAGGCUAAGGUCCAGCUCAUUGAUAUCCAACUCUGCAACAGCACUGGCUGGUACGCUGGGAAAAUCCAUACCCACAACUUGUGUGCUGGUUACCCAGAGGGCAACAUCGACACCUGCCAGGGUGACAGUGGUGGUCCUCUCAUGUGUCAAGAGAAAAACAGUGACUACUUCUGGAUUGUUGGAGUGACCAGCUGGGGAAAAGGCUGUGCCAGAGCAAAGCUGCCUGGAGUCUACACAUCCACUCAGUACUUCUAUGACUGGAUUCUGGCCCAGAUGGGGCUGAGCCCAUUUAGAAGUGCUUUCUGAAUAGCAGGGUGAGUAGGAUCCAGGGCACACUGCAGUGCCCAGCAACCAUUUCCUGCUGUGGCAAUGCCUGCUGAUCCAAAGGCAGCCUCAGGGUCAAAAGCCUGCUCUGUCCUGCCCAUGCUCCUCCCCUUUGUGCUCAUAAUCACUGGAGUUUAUUUAGUUGUUGAAGUAAAGUUGCCUAUCAUCACUGGGAA